CCUUUUAUGUCCCCUUUUUCCAAUAUGGCGGAAGAAUUGAAAGAAAUUGUGGAUUUAACUUAAGGAAGAAAAAGUGAAUUUACCAUGAAAGAAAGUGCUGGAGAGGUUGGAAUGAAACAUGAUAUUGUUGUACCAGGUGAAUGCCUUGGAUCAGCCGAAGAAUUUAAGUCUGGGGAAGGGACGUAUGUGAGAUUUGGUCAAGUCUAUGCAAACCGGAGCGGUUACAAGAUUGUGGAAAAACAUGAUGAAAGUGAGAGCGUAGUUACUGUUAUGCGUGAUAAGCACACUCAGGUUUUGCCUACUAUUGGUGCAGUUGUCACAGCUAAGGUGACUGGGGUGAACACAAGGUUUUGCAAGCUGGCAAUUCUUGCUGUUGAAGGAUGCCCUCUGAAUGAACCAUUUCGAGGAACUUUAAGAAAAGAGGACAUUCGGGCAACAGAGAAGGAUAAAGUUGAGAUAUACAAGUCAUAUCGACCUGGUGAUAUUGUUCAAGCAAGAGUAAACUCAUUGGGUGAUUCACACUCGUAUUUUCUAUCAACUGCUGAGAAUGAACUUGGAGUGAUUUUUGCCAUGAGUGAAGCAGGUGCAUCCAUGAUCCCAAUAAGUUGGAAAGAGAUGCAGUGCCCUGAGACAAAGACAAAAGAAUUCCGAAAAGUUGCAAAAGUACAGCAGGUGUAAACAAUGCAUUUGUCUUUAUGCAAGACAAGGAAAGAUGACCAAUGAAAAAAGGCCAUACAAACUUUAGAUUGCUGGUUUGAAUGAAAAUACAAAGAGAAUAUACAUUGGUAUAGUCAUGGAAUCAGCAGCAUAUGGAGAUCAGUGGAUGGACAAAAUUAUCUUGUUCUUGUAAUGCACGCUGGGAAGUAGGAAAAUAGCCACUUAUUCCCACUUAUCCCUCCUUAUCCCAUUAAAAAAUUGUAAAAUUUUAAAAUAUACAUGAAUAAAUUACUGA